AUGACAACACAAAAGUUUGUUAAUAAAGCAACAUUGGAAUUCGGUCGUCGUAUAUUCGGCGAGCAAAUUCGUCGUGAACCAGCUAAUCUUAAAGAACAAUAUCGAAAAUUUCAAUAUUAUCAAACAAAUCAUUAUAAAUUAGGUCUCAUGGAACAUGAUCGACUUUAUGGUGAUAAUUCUGCUAUUAAAGAAGCUAUGCGUCGUUUACGUAUAAGUGAACCUGAAGUAUGGGAUGAACGUUCAUUUCGUAUAUCACGAGCAAUUAAUUUUGAUAUUAAACGAAUGUUUUUACCAAAAGAUGAAUGGGUUCAAUAUGAACAGGAUGUACCUUAUUUACAACCAUUUCUUGCUGAAAUUGAACGUGAACAAGAUGAAGAACGACAUUGGAAAAAAGUUUUAGGUUAA